AUGGCCGACUCGAAUUCGAACUCGGCUAGUGGCGGAACUUCUCUCAACCCGAAAGCCGCAGCGUUUGCCAUGCCUACGCCUGACGAAACUGCUCUCUCAAACGGAGACUCCCUAGCCACGGAAAAUGCAGUGUCCAACGGCCACGAAGAAGCGAAAGGAUCGAAGAAGACCAAGCCACGACCGGAUGUGGGCCCUCGGACGACUACAGAGCAAAACGUUGCCGAAGCGGGGGCUGGAGUCAAACUGUCGGGCGCUGCGUUGAAAAGGCAGAGGGCUGCCGAGAGAGCAGCGAGGAGGGCGGAGAAAGUCGCCGCCAAGGGGGAGCAAGCCGUGGAAGAGAACCAAGCGCAAGCGCAGGCACAGGCGCAGACUCACUCAGGGACUUCAGGCGCGAAAGGCGAGGCACAAAGACGGCCGUCGACAUCCAAGAGGGACAGCGAGACAGGCUCCCACCAUAAGAGGACACCAUCUGGGAAGGGCUUACCGAUCCGAGGAGGACCACAGCAACAACAGCAGCAGCAACAACAACAACCACCCCAGUCCGGAGCCGGCGACAAGGAGAAACGAGCCGAAGUCAAGCGCGUCCCCAUCUUCGCACAUCUCUACCCAAAGGAAAAGAAGGCCACGCUCUCUGGGGCGGGUCGAGAAAUCCACCCGGCGGUGGUAUCGCUGGGCCUGCAACUCCGCGACCAUGUCAUCUGCGGAGGCAAUGCUCGCUGUGUAGCCACCCUUCUCGCCUUCAAGAAGGUCAUCCAAACGUACACGACGCCGCCCGGCGUCGCCCUGUCACGCCACCUACUGACCCAUCUGAACCACCAAAUCGCAUACCUCCGCAAUGCUCGCCCGCUCAGCAUGUCCCAGGGGAAUAGCAUCCGCUGGCUCAAGAACCUGAUCUCCACCCAGGCCGUCGACACCACGGACAGUGAGGCAAAGUCCAACAUAUGCCAGGCCGUCGAUCUCUUCAUCCGCGAACGCAUCACCCUCGCCGACGAGGUCAUCGCUCGCGAAGCGAGUGGGCGGGUUGAAGAUGGAGACGUCAUCCUCACGUACGCGAAGAGCAGCAUCGUCGAGAAGACACUGCUUACCGCCCACCAUCAGGGCAAGCAGUUCAAGAUCAUUGUGGUUGAUUCCAGACCGAUGUUCGAGGGCCGGAACCUCGCGCGCAGCCUUGUCCGCGCCGGUCUCAAAGUGCAGUACACGCUGCUCUCGGGCCUCUCUGACGUGCUCUCGUAUCACGCACCAGGCGACGCAGUGACAAAAUGCUUCCUAGGCGCCUCCGCCAUGCUCGGAAACGGCAACCUACUCUCCCGCGCGGGGUCGGCCAUGGUGGCCAUGAUGGCCAAGGAGUGCAGCGGCAAGAACAAGGCGCGUGUUGUGCCUGUCGUCGUCCUGUGCGAGACGGUCAAGUUCACCGCAAAGGCCGCGUUGGAUAGUAUCGUCCUGAACGAGGUGGGUGACGCGGACGCGUUGGUCGAGGUCGAAGAGGUCGAGAUCCUGUCCUCGACGAAACCACCGGCCACUCCCGUAGACGCCGGCAAAGGCGGCAAGAAACAGCAGGGCGGCGGUCAGAAGGACAAGGACGACGAGGAUGCGGACGACAAGAACGCGUCAAGAGGGCUUCAAGGGUGGAAAGAUCAGCCGAACCUCUUCCUCCUGAAUCUCAUGUACGACGUCACGCCGGCCGAGUUCUUGGAUCUCGUGGUCUGCGAGUUGGGCAGUCUGCCGCCACGAGCGGUGCCGGUGGUCAAUGGCGUGCAUGGCGAUGAUCAGGCCCUGGCUUGA